UCGGGGAAGCUAACGAAAGACAGCACAUCGAAAGGAGCCUGGGCUGGGCCCGGGUCCCGGCCCUGAGGACCACGGGCAUAGCUCACCACCAUCACCGCGGGCGAGGGCCGUCCCUUCCCAGCGACGAAAUGACCCUUGCGCUGACGACCGUUACCUACCACACUCUUCGGCUGCCCGGACUUAGACCCUCAGUAGCUCGGGCACCUAAGCACACAGAAAGCUAGACCACGCAUUUCCGGGGCGGGAUCUGGCCACCCUGCCUAUAAUGUGAGAAUUCAACUAGCGCGGGCCGCCUUCUGGUCGCUCAGCCCUCUGGGUAGGGAAGUCCAGAAUCUGUCAGCUGGCGUGCGUUCUGUUUACAGAAAACUACAUUUCCCAGCAUGGAACAGAACCAGAUUUCUCAUGGACACUACAUUUCCCAGAAGAGACGUGGCGCCGCAGAGUCCUCUGGGAUGGGAACCACGCCGCUUCCAAGCCUCAGUUCCAGGAGUGAAGCGCGGACCUUUCAACAAGAGCUUUAUUGAUUCUCUUGCUGGGAUCCGGGAACGCGAUGGAGGCGGCCAAUUGCUCUCUGCGGGUGAAAAGACCUCUGCUGGAUCCCCGCUUCGAGGGCUACAAGCUGUCUCUCGAGCCGCUGCCCUGCUACCAGCUGGAGCUAGAUGCAGCUGUAGCAGAAGUAAAACUUCGGGAUGACCAGUAUACAUUGGAACACAUGCAUGCUUUUGGGAUGUAUAAUUAUCUGCACUGUGAUGCCUGGUAUCAAGACAGUGUCUACUACAUUGACAACCUUGGAAGAAUUAUGAACUUAACAGUGAUGCUGGACACUGCCUUAGGAAAACCCCGAGAGGUGUUCCGCCUUCCUACAGAUGUGACAGCAUAUGACAAUCGUCUUUGUGCAUCUAUCCAUUUCACAUCCCCUUCCUGGGUUACCUUGUCAGAUGGAACUGGAAGACUGUAUGUCAUUGGAACAGGUGACCGUGGAAACAGUCCUGAAAAGUGGGAGAUUAUGUUUAAUGAAGAGCUUGGGAAUCCUUUUAUUAUAAUUCACAGUAUCUCAUUGCUGAAAGCUGAAGAACAUUCAGUGGCUAUCCUGCUUCUUCGAAUAGAGAAGGAGGAAUUGGACCUGAAAGGAAGUGGCUUCUUUGUUUCUUUGGAGUGGGUCAUUGUCAGUAAGAACAAAGAAGAUAGUAAAAAGUAUGAAAUUACAAAGCAUCAUGUUCUCCGUGGAAAGUCAGUGCCACAUUAUGCUGCAAUUGAGCCUAAUGGGAAUGGUCUGAUGAUUGUAUCUUACAAGUCCUUCAAGGUUGUUUCGGAAGAUCAGGAUCUCGAAGAGAGUAUGGAUGAAGACAGGCCAGAGAAAACCAAAGUAGAACCUUUGUAUUAUUGGCAACAAAGUGAGGAUGAUUUGACAGUAACGGUAAGGCUUCCAGAAAGCAGUACUAAGGAAGAUAUUCAAAUACAAUUUUUGCCUGAUAAUAUCAACAUUAAACUGAAGGAUAUCCAGGUUUUGGAAGGAAAACUCUAUUCAUCUAUUGAUCACGAAGGCAGCACAUGGACAAUUAAAGAGAAUGAUAGCUUGGAGAUUUCUUUGGUUAAGAAGAAUGAAGGACUGAUGUGGCCUGAGCUGGUGGUGGGUGAUAAACAAGGUGAACUCAUAAGAGACCCUGCCCAAUGUGCUGCAAUAGCAGAACGCUUGAUGCACCUGACCUCUGAUGAACUGAAUCCAAAUCCAGACAAGGAAAAACCUCCAUGUAAUGCUCAAGAAUUAGAAGAAUGUGAUAUUUUCUUUGAAGAGAGCUCCAGUUUAUGCAGAUUCGAUGGCAGUACAUUAAAAACAACUCAUGUGGUGAGUCUUGGCAGCAACCAGUACCUAUUCUCAGUCAUCGUGGAUCCUAAAGAAAUGCCGUGCUUCUGUCUACGCCAUGACGUUGAUGCUCUCCUCUGGCAACCACACUGCAACAAGCAGAACGACAUGUGGGAGCACAUUGCCACCUUCAAUGCCCUAGGUUACGUCCAAGCCUCAAAGAGAGACAAGAAAUUUUUUGCGUGUGCUCCAAACUACUCGUACGCAGCCCUUUGUGAGUGCCUUCGCCGUGUAUUCAUCUACCGGCAGCCCACCCCCAUGUCCACUGUGCUGUACAACAGGAAGGAGGGCAGGCAUGUGGGGCAAGUGGCGAAGCAGCAGGUGGCAAGCCUGGAAACCAAUGACCCGAUUUUAGGCUUUCAGGCAACAAAUGAGAGAUUAUUUGUUCUCACUACCAAAAACCUCUUUUUAAUAAAAGUAAAUACAGAGAACUAAUCCUCCAACAUUUGGCUAAAAAGUAUCUAGUGGUACCUGGAGGGGUGAACAGUCAUACUAUAGCUUGAUAAGUUUUAGCAUGUUGAAAAAGAAUAUCUUGUAUGAAGUUUUAUUUUUAAAGGAUACUGGAAAUGUAUUCAAUAGAUUAUGAAUCUGAAAAAGCUAUGGGAUAGAUGAAGCUGCAGGUUUAGAAAAUACUGGCUUCUGUAAAAAUAUGGAGAUAUUGGCAAAUAUAGUUAUUUUUUAAAACCAGAGGUUCAGAUUUCAUCUUUUAUAUGAAACAUGUACAAUUCAGUGUUUAAAAAUAAAAAUAUUUAUCAUGUACUUAGCUCAUUGUUUAGAUUGGUACAGUCAUUAUAUAGAAUAUUUGGGUAGUAGUAAAAUACUGAGUAUUAUAAAAGUAUUUUAAUGGGCUGGCGUCUACAGACAGAAUUUGCUUUGCAUCUGCAUCGAGUUGCAGGAAUACAGCAGUUUUGACCAUAUUUGCUUACAAACCUUGUUUCAUGCAUUUGCUCUACCACAUUGGAAAAGGUUAUACAUUUUCCAUUAUUGCAUAGCAAAGUUCCACAAAACUCAGGUGUUUAAGAGUUUAUUCCAGCACCUGGGAAACUAAAGCUGGAGAGUUACCGGUUCAAGCCCAGCCAGGGCCACAUUGCAAGACUUAUCUCAAACAAAAGCAACUUAAGGUUUAUGGGUUUUCGUGGUUCUCUGAGUUGUCUCUUGUCCUCUAGCAGUCUAAGCUCUGCUUUCUGCCAUAACACAGAAGCACAUUCUAGAGUAAACUAGGGUGCAAGAAGUUGCCAGAGCUUGGUUUCUCAUUUUUUGCUAAAAAUAUGGACAAAAUGAGUCACAUGGCCAAGUCUAAAUAGACAGCAGAUCUGUGACACAUUAGAGCCCUUGAUGGGACAGUCAUACAAGAUAGAUUUUAAUGCGUUGUCUCACUAAGUUCCCCUUACCUUUCCAACAGAUUAUUCUAUUUACACAUCAGGGUUUUUUUUUCUGCAAAUAUCUGUGGUUCAGACUUCUUCUCCAAAAGUCCUUCAGUUUGUAUCCACUGUGUAUUGUUCUGUUUUUAUUUUCAUAUUGCCUUUGGAGCUCAUGUUUUAGUAAAGUUCUCAAGAACUUAAGAGGCAGAAAAUAAAGAUAAAGGAUUAUAUGUAGUGAUGUGUGUUUUGCCUAUCUGGAACAAAUACCUGACUGAAUUAGAUUAAACAAGUAUUUGGUCUGGGGAGGUAGCUCUGUUGGUAGAGUGCUAUAAGCUUAAGGACCCGAGUUUAGACCCUGAUCACCCACAUUAAAUAUGAAUACAUAAGAAAGGAAAGGAAAGAGAAACAAACAGGCAUAGCUGUAUGCAUCUGUAGUCACAGCACUGAGGCACAGGAGGAUCAUUGCCAUCCACACAGUUUAUCCGAAUCCGGGAGCUUCAGGACCUGUGAAACCCCAUCUCAUCAAAGAAGGUGCAGAAUGGGCAAAGCACUUGAUGUCAAUAUAUACAUGUAUAUAUAUAUGCACAUAGACUUGUAAACAUACAUACAGUAUAUAUAUAUGUAUAUAUAUAUGUAAUAUAUUUAUAUAUAUCACAUACACACACACACACACACACACACACAAAUUUAGUUAGGUCUGACUGACAUAAAUUUAACUCUGUUGGUGCUGUUUUGGUUAGGUUCAUGUUUUGGAGGCAGUUCUCACUAUGUAGCCCAGGAUAGCCUGGAAAUCCUUGUUAUCUUUUUCUUACUUUAAUCUUUUAAAGGUCAUGAACCAGAAUACCCAGUUUUAGUUUAAUUUUGACUGAAUUUUAAUUUUAGUAUGUGUGAGUUUUUGCAUUGGUUCCCCAGCACAAAGAGUGAGACUUAAAGGAGGGAGGGAAGCAAGGAAGGCUAGCAAUCUUGAGAGACAAAAGAGUAAGAGAGAAUCCACAUUGAAAUUCUACCAGCUCAGUGGUAGAGCUGUUAGCUACCAUUAUAGAAAACUGAGCAUGGUCCCUCCUUUUAUAAUCAGCCUAUACAAUGAAGAACACAAACUGUAAAUUCUGAUUAGUAGUCGAAAGAAUGAGAUUGGAGAUCUCAGUGGUACAGCUUAAAAGAUCCUAUCUGUGAGGGUUUCUAAUAAAGAACAAAGGAUCCACAACCUCUUCCCUUAAGAGUUAAUCCAAAUGCGCCUUUCACCUGGUAGGCAUAGGGGUCCAGGAAACCCUCUGUUCUAAGGACUCAAAGAAAUAGUAUAAAAUAUAGCUAAAAACAGGGCAGUAUGGUAGUCUAGAGAGACCAUUGCCCACUUGCCCAUUUUCACCUUCAGCACUCCUGCCCUCCCAGUUGGUUUGGCCCUUGCUCUUCUUACCCUCCAGUGUGGCCCUUUUUUGCCUUGUAAUACAAUGUAAUAAAGUAAACUCUGCCUGUCUUCUACACUG